AUGGGUCGUAGCCGUAGCCGCUGGGCGCGGAGGGAACGUAGGCGGAGGCGGUCCAGGUCCACGUCACGGGAUGGAGAAAGAAGGAGCCAAGAAAGGUCCAGGUCUCGGGAGAGGGAUCACAGAAGGAGCCGCUCAAGAUCCCCGCACCAAAGACGCUCCAGGUCUCCAAGGCGACAUAGAUCCACAUCUCCUUCCCCUUCUCCACUGAAGGAAAGAAGAGAUGUGGAGAAGAAAGAAACUACAGAAGUAAAGAGCGAAGAACGUCCGAUCGCUGAGGAAAAUCUGGAGGGUAAGACAGAGAAAGAAAUAGAAAUGAUGAAAUUAAUGGGGUUUGCCUCUUUUGACUCCACAAAAGGGAAGAAGGUAGAUGGUUCUGUAAAUGCCUAUGCCAUAAACGUGUCUCAGAAGAGGAAAUACAGGCAGUACAUGAAUCGAAAAGGCGGAUUCAACAGACCUCUGGAUUUUAUUGCAUGAGACUUGAGGUGUUGGAGA